GGUCAGGCGCUCAUCCAUCUGUUGAGAGAGGUUCUCUUCAUCUGUGGUUGGGACCAAACACACCUCAGCAUGUCUUGGUGUGCCACGCUUAGCCUGCUCUUCAUGGUGUGGUGUUCAGGAGCACGGUCUCAGCCCAGCCUGACCCAGCCACGCUCAGCCUCCGUGUCUCUGGGUGGGACAAUGAAACUCUCCUGCGCCAUGAGUAGUGGAUUCAACAUUGGUAGUUAUAGUGUGUAUUGGUACCAGCAGAAACCUGGGAGUGCUCCACGGUACCUCUUAUGGUUUAAUUCAGAUUCUAGCAAGCACCAAGGCACUGGAGUUCCCUCUCGUUUCUCUGGGUCCAAAGAUACCUCCCGUAACACCGGCUAUUUAAACAUUGCGGGAACCUUGGCUGAAGAUGAAGCUGAUUAUCACUGUGCCGUGUGGCACAGCAAUGCGUGUCACGGUGGUGCAUCCUGAUGGGGAAAUGAGAUAAGAACCUGCCUUCUUGUCCCCUGAGGGAGACUUCGCUCAUGAAUCCAUUGUGUUUAGGAUGCAAAUAGAUCAUCAGACACAAGGAAAAUGUGACAGCAUUGAAGCUUUUGAACAUACACCACCCACAUCAACGUUAUCUUCAUCUCCACACUUACGUCCUGUUCUUUCCCUGAACAUGGAGCUCAAGCCAUAGUAUCCCCUUCCAAAAAAAGUACCAAGAGAAAUGCAUACAGAGACGUAAACACAGUUAAGGCUGCAUACCUCAUAAUUUCAGUAUUACACGAAUAGCAUUGCAUCUCAGAGUGUGUUCCCUUCUAGGCCCCAGUCCGAUGAGUAUGCAUUUGGACAAAUGUACAUCAGUCCAGUUGUGCAUUGAUCCGGUUGUUCAUCCCAUCUUCACAAUUCAUUAGCCUGAGUCUUAUGUAUCUAAGCAGAUG